CGCUGUUGAUAUCCAAACAUGUCGUAUCUCAGGGUCGGGUCACAACUCACAUGACAAUGUUGUAUAAAAGCAUUAACACGUUUAAGACGACAACAGUAAAGCUAAAGCUAAGCUGUGUGGUCUAGCAUCAUGUUUUGGACUGAUGUAAAUUGUCCAAUGGAUAUUUCCGUGACGUACCUCAACAUGGGAGAGUUCCGGGACUUGAUGAUCAUCCCUGUCGCUAUAAUGGUCCUGCACUACAUAAACCUGUUCACUCCAUCACAGAAUCCAAGGUCGUCAAGACUUUGGGAUACAGCACGGACUGUAUGUUUUGUGACGCCUUUCAUCUAUAUGUUUCCCAUUGAGAUGAUGAAAUACCAUGCUAUAGCUAUCUGGGCUAUUGCUAAUUCUUCAACGCAAGAUGGGAGAAUUGCUAUGCUUCUCGUUGAAGUUUUGCUUUGGGUGUUACCAGUGCGCGCAUGGUUUGGAUGGUAUAAUAUCUGCAUCUGUCUACCGGGACUUUGGUCUGUCAUACCCUUAGUGGCUACUGAACCUCGUUCUACUCAUCAUAGUGUCGAACUGGGGGAGGAAUCUACUGCAGGAGCUGAGGGCAAGGAAAAGGACGAGAUUACUGAAAAAAGCCAUGACAUUGAUAACGUGAGACAAGCGGUUGUUAGUAAUCAUACAAAAAGUGAUGACUCAAGUGACUUUCAAAAUUCAGCAAGAAAGAACAAGGAUACCCUAUACAGAAUUGACGUUACUGGCGUUUCAGGUGGAACUGCCGAUGAAGUAUUUGCAAGUGCCUUCCAAAAUUCGACAAGAAACGAGGAUGUCCAACCCAGGGUUGUCGUUACUGGAGUCUCCGGUGGAAGUGUCGGCAAAGCAUUUACAGCUGGACGUGAUAUCAACUAUGAACCGACCAUUCGUGACAAUGUCGUGACAGGUCCAGGUAAUAUCAGUGAAAACGUUCAACAAGCAAUCCAGAAUCCAUUGUCUGCGAAUGGGCGUUUGUCUGAAACAGACUUAGAUGAUGCUUCCGAGAAGCAACAGGACAUAACCAACAGAACCGUCAUAACAAAUAAUACGGUACAGCAGGACCACACGUCUGCCACAGACUCCUCAUUUUCGAAUACACAAAUGAGGAAUGUUAUCAUUAAAGGAAACCCAGAUUUGUCUUGUCUAGACAGAACACGUAGUGGUGCUACACGAGACUCUACUGAGUCUGCUACAGAUGAAGACUGUGAUGCCCAACCACGUAAUGUGACGCCAGAGACCAAGGAAGACAAUGUAAGAACAUCAAGAAGACAGGGAGUGAAUAAAACAGCGGAAGACACCAAUCCCUCAAGGGAAUUCAUUCAAAUGAAUGCCAAACAAGAUGAGAUUCUGGAAAUAAUAAAAGCGGUGACGCCUAAAGAAAUACACAGUUUAUUGAAAGAUGCUAAACGCGAGGCUUCUGAAGCUAGUUCUGCUAUUGCCACGUUAAAAGAUGCAGUGGCAAGUAACAGCUACGUCGUGGAUGAAAUGGAUCAUCUCCGCUCAAAAUUUGCUGAACUUAACACAGUGGCCGAUACAUUAAAGGAGGCUAAACAUGAGGCUGACGCAGCUAGUUCUACUGUUGCUACGAUGAAACAAGAAGUGGCAAGUACAUCAAGGCAAGUAGUGGAUGAAAUGGAUCAUCUCCGCUCAAAAUUUGCUGAACUUAACACAGUGGCCGAUACAUUAAAGGAGGCUAAACAUGAGGCUGACGCAGCUAGUUCUACUGUUGCUACGAUGAAACAAGAAGUGGCAAGUACAUCAAGGCAAGUAGUGGAUGAAAUGGAUCAUCUCCGCUCAAAAUUUGCUGAACUUAACACAGUGGCCGAUACACUAAAGGAGGCUAAACAUGAGGCUGACGCAGCUAGUUCUACUGUUGCUACGAUGAAACAAGAAGUGGCAAGUACAUCAAGGCAAGUAGUGGAUGAAAUGGAUCAUCUCCGCUCAAAAUUUGCUGAACUUAACACAGUGGCCGAUACACUAAAGGAGGCUAAACAUGAGGCUGACGCAGCUAGUUCUACUGUUGCUACGAUGAAACAAGAAGUGGCAAGUACAUCAAGGCAAGUAGUGGAUGAAAUGGAUCAUCUCCGCUCAAAAUUUACUGAACUUAACACAGUGGCCGAUACACUAAAGGAGGCUAAACAUGAGGCUGACGCAGCUAGUUCUACUGUUGCUACGAUGAAACAAGAAGUGGCAAGUACAUCAAGGCAAGUAGUGGAUGAAAUGGAUCAUCUCCGCUCAAAAUUUACUGAACUUAACAGAGUGACCGAUACAAUAAAGGAGGCUAAACGUGAGGCUUCUGAAGCUAGUUCCACUGUUGCAACGAUGAAACAAGAAGUGGAGGAACUCCACUUAAAACUUGCUGAUCUUACCAUAGUUGUCGACGCACUACAAAAAAAUGUAGACACAGUGCCUGAUGCAGGUGCACAGAUUACAACAUACGGCAUCGACAGCAAACAACAUGAUACAGAAGCAAAGGAGAAAUUUAAGAAAACUGGUCGUACCCCGAUAAUGCUUGCUGCACGAGUUGGGGACAAAAAUGAAUUUGAUCGCCUUAUUCAAACGCCUGGUAUUGAUUUGUCAGUAAGUGACAAACAAAGUAACAACCUUCUUCACAUAGCUUGCCUUGGAGGGAACUCAGACAUCGUAUCAGAUCUUCUUUCUCGAGAGAUGGACAUCAAUGCCAGGGGUCAGUAUGGUAGAACGCCGUUAAUGUUGGCAGCACAGAAAGGGCACACUCCCUUGGUCAAUCUUCUGAUCAGACAUGGGGUGAAUUCCAAACUUGUUGACAGAGACGGAAACAGUGCAAUCCACAUGGCGUGCCUUGGUGCAGAACUGAAUGUUAUGAAGUACCUCGUGGAAAAAGAAGGUUUUGAUGUCAAUGAAAAAGGAAAGAAUGGAAUGACCCCUGUCAUGAUUGCAGCUGAGAAAAGUUAUGAAGAUAUAGUGCGUUACUUAGUUGAGAAAAACUGUGAUCUGAACAGUUUGGACACAGACGGCCGAAACUGUCGUUCUUAUGCGUUACAAGGUGGAAAUGAAAGAAUUGUAGCAUAUAUAACUUCCAGACUACAGCAGUUGACUUUUGAAUGGUAGGAGUGGUAAGAUAUUCAAUGGCUAAAGCUUUAGCUUGUCAUACUCAAGGACAUGGACCAUGGUUCAGUUCUCCACGUGGACGCAAUGUGUGAAUAAUAAAUAGUGAGUGAGUUGUGUUUAACGCCGCUUUUCACAGUAUUCCAGCAAUGUCACGGUAGGGGACACCAGAAAUGGGAUUAACACAUUGUACCCAUGUCGGGAAUCGAACCCACGACGAGCGAACGCUUUAACCAAUAGGCUUCCCGACAGCCCCAUUAGACAAC